AUGUUUAUUUUUUUAAUAACCUUUUGUGUUGGGUUAAGAAACAAAUAUGAAAUAAAUGAGAACAACAUGAAAUAUUACGAUGAAACAUUAUGUGUGGAGCUUUCUUUAACAGACAAUAAUGAGGAUAAUCUGUUAUUACCGUUUAAUACGACAAGGGUUCCAGGGAGUGAGGAAUCAAUGUUAAUCCAGAAUUUCAUUCAAGAUUUUUAUCGGAAGAAAAUGGUAAACAAAGAUUCAGAGGGCUUGGAUCUUUAUAUUGAUCAGUUUUCUGAAAAUGGACAUAUGUUUACUAAUAUUGUUUAUACAUUGAAUGCGUAUGCAGAGCGAUUUAUUGUUCUUGCAGCCCAUUAUGAUAGUAAGGUGUUACCGGAGGGAUUUGUUGGAGGGAUGGAUAGUGCUGUUCCAUGUGCGAUACUUAUGUAUGCGUCAAAAUUUGUUGAUCGAUUAUAUUCCACAGAUAAAUUAAAUAUAAGACGGGAUAUGGGGAUAAAGAUGAUAUUUUUUGAUGGAGAAGAAGCAUUUGGGGAAUGGUCCAGCAGCGAUUCCCUAUAUGGAUCACGCCAUCUUGCCAAAAAAUGGACAGAGAUCGGACUUAUAAAUAAAAUAGAGACAUUUGUUCUGUUGGAUCUCAUAGGUAGUAAAGGUAAUCAAAGUAUUCCAAGUUAUUAUAGAAAGAGUCAUAGACAUUAUAGAUUACUAAGUGAUAUUGAGGACGCAUAUUUAAGAUCUGCGUAUGGGAUUGAGACCAAAUUGCAUAAAGAAUUGGAUAUAAACGAUAGAGGGUUUCUACAUAUGAAUCAGAUUAUUAUUGAUGAUGAUCAUUCGCCAUUUUGGCACCAAGGAGUAUCUACGUUGCAUUUAAUACCUAAUCCAUUUCCAAGCAAUUGGCAUACUUUAGACGAUGAUUUUGAACAUCUGGAUCAAGGAAGUAUUAAUAAGUGGGCCAUUAUGGUAUGUGAAUACUUGUAUGCCAAUUUAAUUCUUUCCUGA